GCCAAUUCCACACCAUGGCUCAACCACCACCACCCCCCUCUUGGUAUGACCCCACUCAAUGGGGUAAUUUUGGAGGAUCUAGCUCCGGGGGUGGAGGUUUUGAUGGAGGGCAUGAUGGCGGCGACACCCACAUGGGCGAUGGGAGCUUUGGAGGAGGCUUUGGAAGCGGCUUUGGAGGCGGCUUCUACGGGGGAGAAGGCGGGCACUAGGGACAGUGCUUCAACUAAGUGUGGGGGAGGAGAUUACUCAUGGAACUCAUUUGAUCUCUUGAGGAGAAAAGAAGAGAAGGCAAAGAAGAAGAGGC